AGAGGAAGAGAAGAGGGAAAAGGGGUGGGUAUAUGAUGCUACAGUGUCGCAUCUGAAGUUCUCCGACAACCGGCGACGAGCGCUUGCUUUUUCUUUCGUCGUGCUGUGCCGGCGACCACGCUUCGCAAGGGCAGUGCGAUCUCUUGGAGAAGAAAUUGCAUAGGAUCUUGAAACUUAAAAACGCUUCUCUGGAUCGAGAUGUGUGGAUCGGACUGAGGGCUGAGGAGGAGAAUGUCCGGCGCCGUCGAGCAGCGCGUCGGGUUCCCUUCAAAGAUGGAGGGCGAGCAGCAGCAGCAGCAGCAGCAAAGGAGGGCUGGGGGUGGCUGCAAUCCCGUCAGGAAGCCGGGGCCGGUGUCCAUGGAUCACGUCCUGUUAGCCCUGCGGGAGACCAAGGAGGAGCGCGAGGUUCGCAUCCGCAGCCUCUUCAACUCCUUCGAUUCCGCUGGAUUGGGAUACCUGGAUUACGCCCAGAUCGAGGCAGGGCUUUCAGCGAUGCGCAUCCCUCCGGAGUAUAAGUACGCGAGGGACCUGCUCAAGGUCUGCGAUGCCAAUCGGGACGGCCGCGUCGACUAUCAGGAGUUCCGGCGCUACAUGGACGCCAAGGAGCUCGAGCUCUACCGCAUCUUCCAGGCCAUUGACGUUGAGCACAACGGCUGCAUCCUGCCUGAGGAGCUCUGGGAUGCGCUCAUCAAAGCUGGAAUUGAAAUUGAUGAUGAGGAGCUAGCUCGUUUUGUAGAGCAUGUGGAUAAGGACAAUAACGGAAUCAUAACUUUUGAAGAAUGGAGGGAUUUUCUUCUGUUAUACCCCCAUGAAGCAACCAUUGAGAAUAUUUAUCAGUACUGGGAAAGGGUUUGUCUUGUAGAUAUUGGUGAACAGGCUGUUAUACCAGAAGGGAUUAGUAAGCAUGUAAAUGCAAGCAAAUACUUGAUUGCUGGAGGAGUAGCUGGAGCAACUUCCCGAACUGCUACCGCUCCUCUUGAUCGGCUUAAAGUGGUCCUGCAAGUUCAGACCAAACGUGCGCAAAUUUUACCUGCCAUAAAGGAUAUAUGGAGGGAGGGGCGGUUCUUGGGAUUUUUCCGAGGAAAUGGGCUGAAUGUUAUGAAGGUUGCCCCUGAAAGUGCAAUUAGAUUUUAUGCUUAUGAGAUGUUGAAAAACUUUAUAGGUAGCAUGGAAGGGGAAAGUAAGAGUGACAUUGGUGCUAGUGGGCGCCUUAUUGCUGGUGGUAUGGCAGGUGCUGUUGCACAGACUGCUAUUUAUCCUAUGGAUCUGGUGAAAACACGGCUACAAACUUAUACUUCUGAGAGUGGGCAGGUUCCUUCUAUUGGAAAGCUAUCAAAAGAUAUUUGGAUCCAAGAAGGGCCUCGUGCCUUCUAUAGAGGUCUUAUUCCAUCUCUCCUUGGUAUUAUUCCUUACGCCGGUAUUGAUCUUGCAGCGUAUGAGACGCUGAAAGAUAUGUCUAGAGCAUAUCUCAAUACUGAACCUGGCCCUCUUGUGCAGCUUGGAUGUGGAACUGUUUCAGGCGCCCUUGGAGCAACUUGUGUUUAUCCUUUGCAGGUUAUCAGGACAAGAAUGCAGGCCCAAAAUACCACUUCGAGUACUGCUUAUAAAGGGAUGUCUGAUGUAUUUUGGAGAACCCUCCAGCACGAAGGUUUGUUAGGAUUCUACAAAGGAAUUCUUCCAAAUCUGCUCAAAGUUGUGCCAUCUGCAAGUAUUACUUACCUUGUUUAUGAGAGCAUGAAAAAGAGCCUCGCUCUUGAUUAAAGGGUGGUAUAUCUUUGUUCAGUGGCUACCAAAGUUGACAUAGCUGACUAUAGAGUUUAUGAUGACGAAAAGUGAGGACAAUGUUACUGAUUAAGUUAUAUGAUCUCCAUUACAUAGAUAUUUAUUUCUUCAGAAUACAAGUAAAGGUUGUACUAGCGGCUUAUUGCGAUCUCCUUCUGAUAAAUAAGAAUGAGGGUUGUUAGCAGGGCUUCCACUGGAUUUCCAGUGGCUGGCCUUGUUAUCAUCGGAAGACCAUUUCAAGGGACAGUCUCUUUGUCCAUCAUCCAACAACAUAUUUAAUUUUACCAUUUCAGAACUGAUACUCAAAUGGCAUUUAUGGCUAAAACUUCAAGUUUUGAUAAUUUGCAUUUGCUCAACUUUCUGCAGGGUCUACCUGCUCACUACAUUUGUACCUGGCUCUUGGGUAUUGCGUUACAUAUUACAAUAUUUUCCAGCAAAAUGAAGUUUAUUGAGAAUUUUUUCUCCCCUUUCUAA